AUCAAAGUGAAUGUUUGACAACAGAUUGAUUUGGGUUCGUUUGCGGAAUUUUUAAAAUUCUAAAACAUUAAUCUGAAAAAUUAAUCGAAUAUAUUAAUUCCAAACAUUCAUCGAAAACAUUUUAAUUGCUUAGCCAAUAAUUUUACGGCAAGAUAAGUCCGUGAGAUAAAAAGCUCAAAUUAUACAGUCUAACUAUAUAAGGCACCCUGCAUUGGGCACAAUGUUUCAAAUUCAAUUCGAGCAAAAUGGUUCGCUAUGAGCUGCAUUUAACCUGGACAAGGAUUGGAAUUCUAGUUUUGUCUAUCCAUUUGGCUGAGGCAGCUCGAAAAUGGGACUACGAACCGCUUUCAUUUAUCACCACCUCUUCGGAUGACAGCAAGUUAAAGUUCGAUGCCAAAAUUGAUCGACUGGGGCGUGGAGAAUACGGAUUAACGGCCGUCAUCGAGUGGAAAUAUGAAACAAAUGAGAAAACUAUGGUGGAAGCAUUUGCUUAUCGCAGUAAUUCUGGAGAUGAGAGUGAUUACAAGCUGCUACCUUGGUCAAUUCCCAAGCAGACCUUCUAUGAAUACCUCAACACCUAUUACAAGGAUAUGAUUAUUAAAAACAUAGGUCACUGCUCCAAUCUUCCACAAUUUGAGGGCAAAUUUCAACCUCCUUGGCCACAAAACACUUAUAAGAUGGAAAAAUGUAAGUUCGAUGGCGAUGGACUGCCGGAAAUCGCUCCGCCCGGAUACUACAAGAUAGUUUUCAGCAAAUUUGGACCCGACCAACCCACCUGGGGUUUUACGGCGGUCUUUAAGUUGACAAAUAAACUGUUCUAGACGUUGUGUUAGUCGAGGAGAACAGUACUAAAUUUCAAAGUUUUAUUACAAAAUUGGUGAAAAAAUAAAUAA